UCACUGCAUGCAUAUGAAAUGUGGAUUUUUAAAUGAAGAUGGUAGUCCAAAAGAGGAAGCCAUUCAAGAAGCUGAGAAAUUUCUAUGGGAUCCCCACUUAUCAAGAUCCAAACUUUAUCUAAUCUCGGUAUCAGAUUUUGAAUUUCAUCAUAUUCCAAUCAAGGCAUGGAAGUUUCUCACUAAUCACUGUGAAACUGAAGAGUUGUGGAUAGAAAAAACGACUGUUGACAUUGCUGCACUGAACAGCACAGAUCUCUGCAAUAUAACAGUGUUGUCUUUGAUUGAUGUUGGGCUAGCAGAGGUACCAUGCUUAUAUAACCUCGCUGGUCUUAAAAGUCUCUGCUGGAGUGAUAAACAAACUGAGCAUGUCAGUUUUCAAAGCUACUUUGAUGCUGACACAGGUACAUACAGAACUAUGCCAAACUUGACGUGUCUAGACCUGUCUAGAAAUCCUGUAUCAAAGAUUGAUGCAAGAAUUAAAGAAGUUUUCCCAAAUCUACAAACCUUAGUGGUCCAGAAAGAGGUGGUAGAUAUGAGUCUUCCGCUUAGCGAUGUGAAAGAGAAACUGAAAGAAGCAGGCAUCGAGCUUGUUGAGACAGACCUGGUGAGUCAGAUGGAUUGGAUGCCAGUAACUGAUUAA